GACUGCGCUCGUCGAAGGAAUCCUCGAGGUUCACCCCGUGUCCUCGUCAUCGGGAGACUCGCAGGUUCACGUCGUCGAUCGCUGACUCUCCGGGGUACCCUGCGACGAGAAGAGCGCGACGAGCGUGAUCGGCGUCGUCUGUCGCGCCGAGGACCGGUUCGAUCAACCUGAUCUCGAUAAAUUGUGCUAGCAUCCACCAGUGCGAAGAAUCUCCACAGUCGAACGACUGGACGAGCUUCGAGGGUCGAUGGUACGAAGACUUCCGGAAUCCGCGAUUUCCGAAAUCCGCACGUGGAAAGUAUCGUUUCACGUCGAGACUCCUCACAUGAACAAACGUGAUCUUCCUCUUCGGCCUCCAUCACCCUGGAUCAGCCAUCGUCGUAAACACCAGUUGCCGCCUAUUUGCCGCGCAUAGAACAGGAAACACGAAUUGCGCGCGAUGAAAGAGCGGUAAUUGCGAUCGAAGGAGAUCGAUGUUCCUUAAGGGGAAGUGACGUCCACGUCGUAUCACAACAAUUGGCGCGAGCAGUCGCGAACAAUGAGGUCAGGGCAUCGUUGCACUCCACGUUGCGCUGCACGCUAACGGGAUAAGCUUCGACGAGGCUGAGCGAGUGAACGACACCGGGAAAUUCGAUUUUGAGUCUGACCGUCCGCCGGAAAAUGGCGGGAAAUCGGCCGAUCAUCAUGUUGACGGAGGACUGGCUCAACGACACCUCGCUGCUUAACAUGACGACGGCGAUGCCCGGCAUAAUGAGCGGCGAUGCACCCAAAAGACACGUGACUUUCGUUUCUCAGCUCGUGCUGACCCUCGUCUACAUGACCGGCGUCAUUGGCAACGUGUCCGCUCUUGUCAUUCUCUUUCAUCGAGAUAAGAGGAGGAACCGCAAGCAUUUGCUGAUGCUGCGUUGUCUGGCAACCAAUGACCUUGUCGCCUUGCUGGGGAUGCUGGUGCAGAUGUACGUGACGAUUUACGUCGGUAACGUGACGUCCACGCGAAUAUUUUGCUCAUUGCGAGUGGUCUGGCGGCUUUUCGGCCUCUUCAGCGGCUGCGUCGCCAUCGUCAUGGCGGCGGAGAGGUGGCUGGCCUUGACCAGGCCCUUCGUUUAUCAGAAGCAGGUGACGUAUCCGGUAAUUGUGCGGUGCAUGUUGGCGCUUUGGUUGGCCGCGUUGGCGAUGACCAGCCUGCCGGUUUUGGGCUUCGGAUUGUACUACAAAGGCGAACGUUGCGUCCGCUACAGAGAGGCUACCGAGCCGAGCGACGUCGCUUACGCUUACGUGUGGUUCGUUUUCGGCACGCUUCUGUGCCUGUCCAUCGUCUGGUGCAAUCUAGCGGUCUCCAGAGCCCUGAGUAGACUAGGUCGUCGCACAGGAGCCCUCAGACGCAUCUGCAGAGCUUCGUCGAGAGCGAAACCACUGCUGAAGAUAGCCGGACCUCUAGGUCGGCCGGAAAUCGUCGCUACCGCCGAAGAGAGGGCAUUCGCGAGGCUUAUGGCCGUAUUGUCCAUAUCGUUCGUCAUAUGCUGGAUGCCGCAAAUGAUAUCUAUUCCACUGGCGCAAUUUGCGAUGGGCCUGUCUGAAAAAGCUGUCACUUUACGAAAAUGCAUUCGCAUCUUCCACAUCAUCGCCGAUAUUCUUCUGUGCAUUCACUUCACUCUGGAUCCGUACAUCUACGUGCUUCUACGAAUGCCGCGUCCGAGAUUCAGACUGCUGAAACCACUCUGCAGGAUCUGCUGGCCGGAACGGAGCCGCUCAGGCUCGUUUACAGGGACGACGGACCAGCAAUGCAGCAGCGGCGAUCCGCCCACACCGAUCACCGAGGCUCCGUCGACACCAGUCAGCGAGGAACACGAAUCGCAUCUGGUCACAGCGUCCGUCUGAGGGAGUCUUUUGCGAAUGAUCGUAAACCGAUAGAUCGCGUCGCAAUUGAGGUGUAAACGUUUCGAUCGUGUCAGAAACUCCGUUCAUUUGCGCCAGGCAAGUGAUACAGCGACGUUGACUUUCCGCCCGCGCGGUGUUUAUUACUUAAGUAUUACUUAAGGAGAUCACUUGGACAAAGAGAAUUCUAACAUGUAAAUAAAACAGACGAAUGUAUAGUCGAAUGUAUAUGUAUAAGUCUCUAGUCAGUAAUGAACGUGAGAAUGACGAGUCGUGUCAAAACGUGCAACUAAUCACGCGGGCAAUCAAGGAGCAGGCGAAACUGCGCGGAAAUGUAUUCCGAAUAUAAGUUACGAGAGAUAAAACGUAAAACGUGCGUGUAAAUCAUGACUUAAAACAUUUAUCUUUGCGUGUGGCUUGAAAUAUGAAAUAUAUAAAGAUAUUCUUGAAGAUUUUCGACUCGAAAUAUAAAAUAUAAAAUAGGAUCGAGCGUAUAUGUGGAGUACUAUCCAAUCUUAGAUGUA